GAGUGGUGACGAUCAUGUACUAGAUCAUCAAAGAAGAUAUAUUCUGUUGUUACAGGAUGUGGUUGCUGAUAUUCUCCACGCUUUUCUUUAGGAUAUAGUACUAUCCAGGUUCAGCGUCCCAAAUACCCAACUUUAAACAUUCUAUAGUGGGGUCCAAUUAUUGCUGGCUCUGGCUAACAAACAGUAUACCUUGCAGUCAUACUCUGUACCUUCAAAAACCUCGGUUCUCAGAGUUACAUAUAAGAGUAGGCACGCCCAUAGUAACUCGUCAGGCUCCUACCCUAAGAGAAGAACUUUCUACUGUUUCUGAAAGAUUCUUUGUGCGCAUUUGAGCGCAACGUGUGAAGUCCUGGCUUUGAAUUGGUGUUCGCCUUCGAGAUUAGUAAGUCACGUAAUACCCCACCUAUUGAACGACACCGUGGCUUGUAAUGCAUUGCAGCUCCGCAGUGUUUUGCGGGUAUUCUUUUCAGGUUCUCCCAUCACUGUUUUCCUUGUUACAUCUACACAAUAUACGGAAUUUGGAUCUCGAGCUUAGGGCGCCCGAAAUCGAUUAUGGCAACUUCGGGCUUGAUUUUGAUACUCCCAGUCUUUCGACAUUUAGGAGCUAUAGGUUACGCAAGAACAAAGAGGCAGCUUCUCAGUUAAGCGACGUGGUAGCUGACUCUCUCACUUCGAAUUACAAUUUAUGUGGAAACUGCAAUUGCGAAAAGGCAAACUUACCAAGCUAACAGAAGACAUAGUUAAACAUAUCAGUGUUUCGCCCAGCCGUUACUGGAAAGAUGAUUUAGAAUCUGAGAUUACAGCAAUCGUAACGAAUAAGGUAUCCGAACCCCAAUAGCAACCCGAGGAGACGAGAAUCAUUGUAUCGGUAUCUGAACGGGGCCAACAUGAUUUUUAGACACGUUCUGAUGGUUUACAAAUCGAUUGGGGAAAAUUUCAAGACAAGCUUUUAGUUUGGAGCAAUUCGGAGGAUAAACUCACAAUUAGAGUCUCUUUCAUUUUUAAGGAAAGUCAGGUUACUACUAUAAACAAAGUAAAACGUAGACGUGGAGCCACGUAGAGAUAACUUAUGGCCAGAGAUAACCUGAUCGCUUAAAAGGAAGUAUCAGGCAUACGUCUUGUGUGGAAAGAAGUCUACAGACUCCUCGAGUACGCGAGUAUGGUUUACACGAAUCGGGGGUUUUCUUACUAGCGUGACCCGGGC